AUGCCGAAAACACCAUCCAAGCAGCGCAGAGGCCGAGUAACUCGCAGCAUGUCUGGUCGGCAGCAGUUGCUUCUUCCUCCUCCACCAGUGGUCACUGAUAACAACGAAGAAGACACCACUGUACUCCCAGAUCUUCCUUCCGGCGGGUUGACCAAUGAAAGGCCAUCUCAGAUUCCGGUCUUCUCUUCGUCCCUGAAAGAUGUGGAGCGCCUCUGGGUUCGCCAGAAUGCUCUGGGCAACCAACCCCUGGGUGGGAAGCUCAAGAAGGUCCUCACACUCUUAACCAUCCAUAUUGUCACGGGUGCGGCCAAGGAUCACUAUGUCCGUUGGGAGAUCACAGACCAAAAAUUCUGGUCAGCCCUCCAGCUGCAAGACCCUGCUGCCUCUGCCUUGGCGUCCGCUCCGACGGAGAGGAUCAAGGAAGUGUUCGUGGAAAUCACCUGCGGAGGUCCCUUCGACACCUUCUUGGUCCGGCUGUCAAAAGAUCGCAGGCGAGCCACCGGACUCUUCGUCCAGCUCUACGGCGACGAGAACGAGGUUCCUUGCCGGUCUUGUUCCAAACGUCUGAUCAGUUCAGAAACUGGCGAUCAUCUUGCCAUCAGCUUUGGCCUGAACGCACUCAGGCGCCUCUAUGCCCAAUACAAGGAACACAGCUCCCAGGCUGUCAGAAGCAACGAGGGGGCUCAGGGAGCCAAAGGAAGUCCCAGUGGCCAAGGCAAGGGAUUCUGGGGCUGAAAUGAAGCAAUAGCCAACCGUUGUGCACUUGCAGUACUGAAUCAAUCACGCAUAUCAACAUAUCUCCUCCCCAUUACCCACAUAAUUGCAGAAGCACAAAAACUCCGUAACUGUUAACAACUUCAAAACAAAAGCAAGAGAAAACGCAAGAAAACAAUACGCCUGGUCAAACCAAAAACUCAUCAUUGUCAAUCUUACUGUACCCAUCCACCCUCUUAUCCGGAAGUCUAACCUCAACGUUAGUCACUGGCU